UCAGGCCGGGGGCUUGCGCGACAUCUGCGUAGUUUGCGGCACUUUCACCUCGAGUCGCGGGGGGUUCUGCUGUAGUUCCCGGGCAGUGAGGAUGGCGGCGGCGGCGGCGGCCGUCGCGGUGUCGGCAGCCCCUGCCGAAUCAGAGCCGGACCGGAGUGGUGCUGAGGAGGAGGCCCGAGAAGGCGUCCCGGAGGAGGAGGACGGCGGCGGCGGCCAGCCGGCUGGGAACGGAGGCGCCGCGGCGCAGACCCGCCUGGCCAAGCUGCCGCUGUCCCGGAUCAAGGCGCUGAUGAAGGCUGACCCAGACGUCACGCUGGCGAGCCAGGAGUCCGUGUUCAUCAUCGCCAAAGCGACGGAGCUGUUCGUGGAAAUGAUAGCGAGAGACGCGCUCGUUUACGCCCAGCAGGGCAAGAGAAAAACCUUGCAGAGGAAAGACCUGGAUAAUGCCAUUGAAGCAAUAGAUGAGUUUGCCUUCCUUGAAGGCACUUUAGACUGAAGUGUAUCCUCAGCAGAUGUCAUCUACCAACAUUUCAAGAACCAGAAAAUAUAAGUGAAUUGGAAGGAGUAUAAAGAAUGUAUAACAUAAGCUUCUACAGUUCAUUCCUGGUCACUGGACUUGUGUAUGUCAGGAAAAUACUGUCAGUGAGGUAAUACAUCACACGACUAAGCUCAAAAAGAUGGUAAAAGACUUGUCUGGUAUUCAUUUUGAAAAGUCAGUGAACAUUGAUCAAUAAUAUAAUAUAUUAAACAACUGUUACUCCCUAUGAAAGAUACUCUUAAAUAAGUCACUUGCAUUUUGCUGUAGGAUGUACUUUAUACUGUAAAUAUUUUCAACAUUUCUGUAAAUGUAAGUUUCUAAUAAAUGUAUUUUCCACA